UGAGUAAACUAAGCAAAUGCUACAAUUCUUGUGCAUGAGAUUAGAUGUUUAUUUUAAUAUUUCAAAUGUUUUGGAAAUGUAAAGCAUUACUUUGAUAUUAUCCAAACAUGAUCUAAAAUGUCCUGUCAUAUUUGGGUCCUACGAAUUAUUUUGGAAUGUUUAUGCUCUGUUAUUGACAGUCAAAGAUUAAGACCGUAAAUUACGUAAUGACGUGAACAACACGUUUUUUACUCGGUACGUAGGACGUCCUGCCGGUUGCGGUUCAAAGAGGAAGGAAGAUGGCGGACAACAAAGGCGAAGAGGAUAUGGAGAGCUCUUCCAAAUUAGAUUCAGAACCUCAGGGAGAGGAUAGCGGAGACCCAGAAUUGAAAGAUGUGAAUCCGCUGAUUGCCAUAGAGACAAAUUUUAAAGAAGGAGAGGAUUCACAAUCCCAGGAGAAUGUUUCCCAGAUGUCUAAACCCGCUAACGACGUCGUUAGCGGAGGAGGUGACGCUAGCAGCAACAGCGCGGGCACAGGGGAAGAAGGCAGCAUUAGCAGUAAUGUUAGCCCAGUUGGGAACACCAAUGGCGGGACAACCGAAUUUAAAAAUGUGAAUGCGGUGAUUGUCAUAGAGUCGAACUCGAAAGAAGGAGAGGAUUCACAAUCCCAGGAGAAUAUCUCCCAGGUGCCUACACCAGCUAACGUUAGUGGAGGAGGGGACGCUAGCAACAACAGCGCGGGCGCAGUGGGAGAAGGCAGCACUAGCAGCAGCCCAGUUGGGAACACCAAUGGGGGGACAACCGAGUCCUCGGCUGCUGGGGAUACUGCUGGAACCUCACCAACACUCACAACCGAUAUGUCCCCACCUCCAACAGUUCCACCAGCCAACCCCGUCAUCCCAAUAAACCUUAUGGAUACUUGCGCUGUGUGUAAACAAAGUCUCCAGACCCGUGACUGUGAGCCUAAACUCUUACCGUGUCUUCACUCAUUUUGCUUGAAAUGUAUCCCACUGCCAGAGCGACAAGUUACCGUACAGGUGCCUGGGCCGAACGGACAGCCAGACACCCACAUAGUGAAUGUCAUGCGGUGUGUAGUUUGUUGUCAAGACUGCAAACAAAGUGACAUCAUUGACAACUACUUUGUCAAGGACACCACUGAGGCCUCCAAGACUUCAGAUGAAAAAUCUGCACAGAUGUGCACCAGUUGUGAAGACAAUGCAGAUACCAUUGGGUUCUGUGCAGAAUGUGGAGAGUGGUUGUGCAAAACCUGCAUCGAGGCUCACCAGAGGGUCAAAAUCACCAAGGACCACAAAAUCCGCAAGAAAGAGGAUGUCUCUGAAGAGUCUGUAGGUGUGUCGGAACAGAGGCCUGUGUUCUGUCCCAUCCACAAACAGGAGCCCCUGAAACUCUUCUGUGAAACCUGUGACACACUCACCUGCCGGGACUGCCAACUGCUGGAGCAUAAGGAGCACAGGUACCAGUUUCUGGAGGAGGCCUUCCAGAACCAGAAAGGCAUCAUCGAGACGCACAUGGUCAAACUGCAGGAGAAAAAGACCUACGUUCACUACUCUCACUCUCAGGUGACAAGCAGGAUAAAAGAAGUUACUGAUACCCAUAAGAAGGUGGAACAUGACAUCAAGAUAGCCGUGUUCACUCUUAUCAACGAAAUCAACAAGAAGGGCAAGUAUUUACUGCAGCAGCUUGAGAGUGUGACUAAGGAGAGGAGCAUGAAGCUGUUGACCCAGCAGACAGACAUCGCCAACCUGGCCAGGCAGAUCCUCCAUGUGCUCAACUUCACCCACUCUGCCAUUAACAGCGGCAGCAGCACCGCCCUGCUUUACAGCAAGAGGCUGAUCAUCUACCAGCUGCGCAAGGUCCUGAAGGCUGGACUGGAACCAGUGCCUCAGGCUAACGGAGCUGUUCGCUUUUUCUGUGACCCCACAUUCUGGGCCAAGAACGUGGUCAACCUAGUAGGGAACCUGGUGAUUGAGAAGAUGCCCCAGGCUCAGCACCCUCCCAACAUUAUGGUGGGGCCCAUCUCCCCGGGCCACGGCCACCCGGGCCACGGCAAAAGCCCUGGGCAGAUCAACCUGGCCCAGCUCCGGCAGCAGCACAUGCAGCAGCAAGUCUUCGCCCAGCAGAAACAGCAGCAGCACCAACAACAACAGCAGCAGCAACAGCAGCAGCAGCAGCAGCAGCAACAACAGCAGCAGCAGCAACAACAGCAGCAGCAGCAACAACAGCAACAGCACCAACAACAGCACCAACAGCAGCAGCACCAACAACAGCAGCAACACCAACAGAGGAUCCAGGAACAGAUGCGUAUUGCCUCCCAAAUGUCCCAGCAGCACCCCCGGCAGGCUGUACCUCAGAUGGUACAGCAGCAGCCCCCGCGCCUCAUCAGUAUGCAGGCCCAGCAGAGGGGCCCAAUGAACGGCGGGCCCAACAUGUACCCCCCCCACCACCUGCGCCUUCCCCCGGGACAGGGCCGCAUGCCCAGCUCCAGCGCCCAGCCACGCAUGCCCAACGGCCAGCAGUACUCCCCCAUGAUGCAGCCCCAGCUGCAGAGACAGAUGACUGUAGAUUCUGAGAUGAGCGACCACAGGUUUCGUUUGUUACAUCUCACUGGGCAUUCAAACCCGGGUCAUGCUGGACCCUUCCCAGUGGCAUCUCUCCACAACGUGAGCGCUGCCAACCCCACCAGUCCCACCAGUGCCAGCAUGGCCAGCGCCCAUGCCCACCGUGGCCCUGCCAGCCCCAUAGUGGGCGCCAUCGACCUCAUCCCCUCCGUCACCAACCCAGAGAACCUGCCAUGCCUACCAAACAUCCCCCCCAUUCAGCUGGAAGACGCGGGCUCCAGCAGCCUGGAUGCCCUACUGAGUCGCUACAUCUUAGCCAGCACAUACCCUCAGCUGGGCCUGGGGCCCCCCGGGAACAUGAACCUCUCCCACGGACCCUCCACACACUCCCCUGGCUCCUCAGGCUUAUCAAACUCCCACACGCCUGUGCGGCCAUCCAGUACGUCCAGCACAGGAAGCAGGGGCAGCUGUGGAUCUGCGGGUAGGCCAGGGCCAGCAAGCGGCCCAAUGGAACAGCAGGUCAAAGUCAAGCAGGAGCCCGGAGCCGAGAAGGAGUGUGGUUUCUUGGGAACCACCACCUCCAACGUCAAAACGGAACACGGGAAGGAUGGAGGGAGGAGCGCGUGCAUGAUGAGUAGUUCAGAGAGCAGAUGUACUCCCCCUCUCCCCGUGUUGGGCUCUGUGACUUCUGGCUCCUCUGUCCAGGACAUCCUCAAGAAGGUGGGGGAGCAUGUCAAAACUGAGCCCCAGGACCAGGAGGCCUGCAGUGGGGCCAACAGGCCUGGCAACGCCCCUAUCACCACCAGCAGCACAUCCACUAUGGCCUCUACCGCACUGCUGACCAAUGGCAAGGGAGCCGCUGCCCUGCGCUCUCCACGCACUGCACAGGGGACCAACCAGAGCGGGGCAGGAGGGAAGGAGGACGACCCCAACGAGGACUGGUGCGCUGUGUGCAACAACGGGGGAGAGCUGCUUUGCUGCGACCGCUGCCCCAAAGUCUUCCACAUCACUUGUCACAUCCCCACCUUGAAGUGCUCCCCGAGUGGAGAGUGGAUGUGCACGUUUUGCCGGAGCCUGGCAAGCCCGGAGAUGGAGUACCAGCCUGACGAUGAGCCUCGUAGCGAGGACAACAGUGAGCAGGGCCUGAGUCCUGAGGAACAGAGGAGGUGUGAGCGCCUCCUGCUAUAUGUUUUCUGCCAUGAUCUCAGUGAGGGGUUCCAGGAGCCUGUCCCUCCCUCUAUCCCUAAUUACUACAAGAUCAUCAAGAAGCCCAUGGACUUGACCCUGGUGAAACAGAAGCUACAGUUGAAGCACGUCCAACACUACCAGAGCUCGAAGGAGUUUGUCUCGGAUGUGCGCCUGGUCUUCAGCAACUGUGCCAAGUACAACGAGAUGUCUCGAAUAAUCCAGGUAUAUGAUGAGGAGAAACAGAGUAAUGUGCAGGCGGACUCAGAGGUGGCGGAGGCAGGGAAAGCUGUGAGUUUGUACUUUGAGGAAAGGCUGCUGGAGCUCUACCCAGAUGAGAGUUUCCCCGAGGUACCAGAGGAGCCUGAGGUACCAGAGGUACCCGAGGAGCCCCAGGCCCCAGCUGGAGAGGGAGAGGAGGCGGAUCUCACAGAAGACUCCGAGGAUGAGUUUGUGCAGCCUAAACGCAAGCGGUUAAAAACUGAUGAAAAGCCGAUGCACAUCAAGUGAGAAUCAUUGUGUUAAAAGAGGAAAAGAGAAGUGAAAGGAUUUUGUCUUCCUCAUCAUGUUUUUUGCUUUUUUUCCCUUUAAGACCACAUACGUAAAAUGCAGGACCUAUUGUACAAAUGUACAGGUUUAUUUCAUCCUUUUCCUCUUUUAAAGAGUUAUUGUAAAAUAGAAAUUAAAUCAAUCUGUGUAUCUGGCAAACUGGACUUUUUAAAGACCUCCAUUUCCUCUUCUGUGGCAAUUUAUGGAUGUUUAAGAAAGUGCUUGUACAGAUUUUAAAGUAUGAUUUGUUUUAAAGUAUAAUUUUGUUUGCAGUAGUUAAAUGAAUAAUGCGUCUUUUUUUCUAUUAUCAUUUAUAAUGUUUGUAAAUCUGUGAAACUUGCUUUAUAAAGUAUCUGAAACUCCCAUUUCCCCUAAUCUUGAUGUACUAUAAAGUUUGACAUUAAUUACCUACCAAGUAUUUGUUGUAUGUUUGUUGAAAUAUUUGACCUGCUGUAAAUAAGAGAAAACAAAUGAGGAAAAACCAGUGAUUUGUUUGGUAUUUCAUCAAUAAAUAAAAUGUUCAAAUA